GGAUCCACUCAAAGCACCCAAACCAAUUCCCUUACCAUGGAACACAAAGACACACACACAUAAACACAUAAACACUUGCACUUGUUGCUGUUCCUUUCCUACCACUACCCCGGUUCUUGUUUUUAUUAUAGGGAAGGAGUUAAGGGUCUAUAUAGAUAAAAGUGUGUUAAGUGAGAGAAGAAAAUCUUGGGUUGAGAGAGAUAGAUAUAGAUAUAGAUAGAGAGAGAGAAAGAGAGAAAGGUGUCAACUUCACUGUUCAAACUUGCUCAGAACCCCAUAAAAACACAGUAAGGAGCAGUGAAGCAAUUGAUGGUUCUUCUGCUGCUACUUCUGCUUGCAUAUGCUAACAGGCUAUAAAGAAGGCGGUGGUUUGGCUUUUUUGUAGUAUAGAGGUUGACCACUAUUGUGUUUGAGGGAAAAAAAAUUUAAUCUUUUUUUGAGAGAGUAACCAAGAGAAAGAUUAUCCCUUUCAUGGGGAAUAUGAGAAAGAAACAUAAUAUUGUGUUACCACUCAUCUCAGGUUGGUAGGUAGGGCUUGUGUUUGUGUGUAUGUGUGUGUGUGGUUGAGAAGAAAGAAACUUUACUUGUAAUAGGGAGUGAAAGAGAAAGAGAGAGAAAGAUAACACUCAACUCACCAACAGGAGAAAAAAAUUUGUGUCUUUGGGGAUUGGUUAGUUUCUUUCUGGAACCAAGUAAGAAUAUUUACAACCAUGGAUGGUUAUGAAGCUACGAGGAUUGUGUUUUCAAGGAUCCAAAACUUGGACCCUGAAAAUGCUUCUAAAAUAAUGGGUCUACUUCUGAUUCAAGACCAUGGUGAGAAAGAAAUGAUAAGAUUAGCAUUUGGUCCUGAAGCCCUAGUUCACUCAGUGAUUUUCAACGCCAGAAAGGAGUUAGGAUUACCCUUGAACUCUCCUACACCCUCUACACCUUCAUCUCCAUCCCCUUUCCUUUCAAGCAACCCAGUCCCUAUUUCCAGGCAAAAUUCCAAUGCUUCCAGGCUCAUAAACAGUGGCAUGAGCCUUCCUUCUGCUCUCAAUAUCCCGAACCCUGCUUUCUCUACUACUUCAGCUUCUUGGGCCACUCUUUCUGAACUUCAAAACCCUGAUGAUUUGAUGAGCCCCAACAAUUUAGUUGUUGGGUCUUCUACUACUUCCAUGAACACUUCAUCUUCUUUACCUUUCUAUGGAAAUGGUGGGUCUGAUCCUAUAGAUGAGUUUCAACUUCAAGACCAGCUAUCUUUUCUCAAUGAUGGGUCACCUUCCCUUGUGCAAAAGAACUCAGAUUUAUUUUACUCUCAUUCAGACUUAUCUUCUAGUCCUACUAGUGGUGGUGGUGGUGACCCUACCCUUUUUGCAUCAUAUGGUUGGGGAGGGUCACUUCACCGUAGGAGUUGCUCUGUCAAUGAUGUCUGUUUAGGGUCUGAAGACCCGAAUUCUGGGUUGGGUUGGAAGCCUUGUCUUUACUUUGCUAGAGGGUACUGCAAAAAUGGCACAAGUUGCAGGUUCCUUCAUGGAGGAGGCCUUGGAGAUGCUGAGGGUGUUGCUGCAAUGGUUGGGUCUCCUAGUAAGAUUGAUAUGAUGGACCAGUGCCAUGAACUCCUUAGAUCUAAAACUGCUCAGCAACAAAGAUUGGUUGCUGCUUCUCAGCUCAUGGCCUCUUCAUCUUUUCCAUACUCUCCAAAGUGCAUGAAUUUUCUGAUGCAGCAGCAACAAAGUGAUGUGCAAAGAGCCGCUGCUGCAGCUCUAAUGAUGAAUGAGGAUUUGCACAAAUUUGGAAGAUCCAGGCUAGAGAGAAAUGAUUUCUCUUUGAACAGUCCUGGAAUAGUGAACCCAGCUUCUAGGCAGAUCUACCUGACCUUCCCAGCAGAUAGCACUUUUAGAGAGGAAGAUGUUUCAAACUACUUCAGCAUUUAUGGGCCUGUUCAAGACGUGAGGAUCCCAUAUCAGCAAAAACGUAUGUUUGGAUUUGUUACAUUUGUUUAUCCAGAGACAGUGAAGCUCAUUUUAUCCAAAGGAAAUCCUCAUUUUGUUUGUGAUGCUCGAGUACUUGUUAAGCCAUACAAAGAGAAGGGCAAAGUCCCGGACAAGUACAGAAAGCAGCAGCAACAAGUAGAUAGGGGUGAUUUUUCACCUUGUGGUACUCCUACUGGACUUGAUGGUAGAGAUCCAUUUGAUCUCCAAGUUGGAGGGAGAAUGUACUACAAUACUCAAGACAUGCUUUGGAGGAGGAAGUUAGAGGAACAAGCUGAUUUGCAGCAAGCCCUUGAGCUCCAAAGUAGAAGGUUUAUGGGUUUGCAACUUCUUGACAUCAAGAAGCAACACCAGCGUGCACUUUCCACUGGAAGUCCAAUUCCUUCCCCAAUGCACUCUCCUAAUAUUUUCAAUCAAAAUCUUGUUCUUUCUUCUUUUCACAGCAGCUCAGAGAGCCAAGAGGAGAGUGGUUCAGGUUCUGCUCCUGCUAGCACUGCAUCAGUUCCUGUUGAGGCUGUCAACAUUUCUGUUGACAAUGAAGUGGCAGUUAAUGGAGAGAAUGGAAAUAGUGAUGGCAAUGGCAAACAAAGCUCCAGUCAUGAAGAUCGUGAUUUACAAGAAUGCUUGGAACAUAAUCUCCCUGAUAGCCCUUUUGCUUCCCCCACAAAAGCUAUUGGAGACUAUAUGACUGCAUUCUCUAAUGGACCUAAUGAGGUCAUUGAUUCAGAUGCUUCAGCUGCAUCUGCUAACUCUAAAUUUGGCACUAGCACAUUGCUGCCAGCAGCAUCUGCUCUUGACAUGGGGUCUUUCAAAUCCUUUAAUUGCCAAAUACCAAGGUUCUCUUCUGGCCAUGGAACCAUUGGGAUGCUUGCUGGCACUGGUGGACCUAUUGGCAUUUAGAGUUUAGUUUUCCUAGAUUCAGGAAGAAAAGCAUGACCUAAUGAUCCUGGAAAUCAAACAAAUCUAUAGAGAAUCAUCACCAUAGCGGCCAUCACCAUCAAUCAUCAAUACUAUACUACUUACUACCAUACAAAAUGCAUACUUAAAAAGCAGUUUAGUAAAGGAAGUGGGACAUGCAUUCCCUUUUAUUUUGUUAUCAUUAUUGUACCAUUUUCACUUCUCUUUCUGUAGUGAGUUGAAUCACAGGUUAAAAAAAAAGAAGCAUAAUAUCAAUGUGUAUUAGGAACAACAUCUGUCACUGUAAUAUCUUCCCCUUCUCUUCCUUUACCUGUGUUUUAUGUUUUCUAGUGUUCUGUUAGUUUCUAUGAGGGAUAAUUCUCAAGUCUCUGUACAGCUGAAGCACACCCUAGAGAAAAGCAUGCAAAGGAAGAAGUGGUUAAAGCAGAGUUGUAUAACUACAAGGCUGAUUCAAAUAUGAUAAAAAGUAUUUUGAACUUGAAGGGCCAGGAGUGAAGAUGGGAAAUGUCUAAUUAUUAGUCUUAGUUGGUGGGUUAAAGUUGAAAAAAGAAGAUUUUCUAGCUCUAUUUUGUGUUGGCAGUAAUGUUUCUUACUCAUGCUUAGUUGUUAUAUACACAGUUCUCAACCCCUACUAGAUUAUGUUACCAGACAGAAAAGAGAGAGAGAUUUUAGAAAGAAAAAGCAGAAAGCAAAAGUGAUUUCAAGGCUAAUUGGUCAUUUUCUCUUAUCCUGUGCUUUUUUUUUUUUUUUUUAAUUUUGAAGGAGAAUUUGUCUUUGUUCUUGCAAUUAUUUUGCCCUUUCAAUUUGUAAAUUGGUAAGGUGGGGUCAUCGUCUUUAUUUGUUUUGCCAUUAUUGGAGGGGGGAAAUAAGAGAGGUCCACAGGGCAGACACCACCAUCACAUGGGGUUGCUGACACUGCAAGUGGGCCUCUUUCAUUUAUAUAAUGCCAGGUUAUGUGUGGGUCUCACCCACCAAAACCCACCCAUGUGAGUGAUGCCUACUUUCUUUCUCUUGAUUAUAUAUAUUAUGUAUAUAUUUAUUCCAUAGUAGCUUUUACUUUCUCUUACUGACAGGAAAGGACAUACAUAAAUCUACUUAAAAAGUAGAUGUAGAUGCCCACACGUAUGACAAAAGUGCACGGUUACUGGAAUCUUUUGGGGUCUGUGUGUGGCCUGUGAAUGUGUGACAUAAUAAAAUGUGACACAGUCCUCUGAGAUACUGUGCAUUUAUUAUUAUUUUUUACCGUUUCCAAAGCUAUUUAUUUAUUUUAACUUCUACCUAGUUGUUACGCAAAAAUAUUGGGUUUUGAAAUUUGUGAUAAAAUUUGAAUUGUGUGACAAAAGCGUUGUUGAAACAACAACUGGCUCUUAGUGGAUAAGAUCAAGCCGUCAAGGUGGUUGGC